AUGCCAGGAAAAGGCAAGAAGCAGAAAACAGCCCAUGUAGGCCCCGACCAGACACCGAGCUCGCGUGAUAUGGACGCCCACGAGGAAUCCACUGAUGACGAAGAAGAUACCUCUAACCGAGCCGUAUUGGCGGCCAUCACAGCCCUCAAAGGUGAAAUGGCCAAAAUGAAAGAUGACAUUUGUGCGAAUGUAGACAGACGCAUUGAACGCGUUUAUAACGAUUUGAGGCAAGAGAUAACAAUGGCGAACAACUCCGUCCAAGCAUCCAUAGCUAGCAUCGAAGCUAAUUCUCAGAAGCUACAUGACAAAGCAGCUGAUAUGGAACGGGCCGCAACCGCACAUUCCGAUAGCAUUAGCCAGCUCGAGCAACAAGUGGCUAGCCUAAAUUCUGAUGUGGCUACACUCAAACGAAAGAAUGAAGAACUGGAGGGAAACUCGCGGAGGAAUAACAUCAGGAUCACUGGUAUUUGUGAGGGCUUAGGUAUGACAAAACCGAGGGACUUUAUUGCCACUUUACUGAAGGAUGCCCUCGCACUAAAUGAACAACCGAUGAUUGACAGAGCUCACAGAACUCUACGACAGCGUCCGAGUCCAUCUGAGCCCCCACGUCCCUUUGUUAUACGCAUUCACCACUAUCACGUUUUGGAAGAGAUCCUUCGCAAAGCGGCCACGAUUAAAAACCUCCAAUAUCAAGGCAAAACUAUACGAAUCUUCCCCGACUACCCUCCCACAGUGGUUAAGCGAAGGGCCCUAUUCAACAGAGCAAGACAAGUACUACGCAAUCAACCAGACGUCAGAUAUGGCCUGCUCUACCCUGCAAGACUCCUGGUGACACACAACGGCUCCCAGCUAUCCUUCACCGACCCACAGAAGGCUGAGGAGUAUGCUGAACGUCUCACGGGCUCGGCGCGUCCCCAGAUAGUAGAAGCAAUGUGA